GUGGCUUUACGGUGGAUCUGGAUCAGGUGGAAGCAGGAAAUAAAUCAUCUUUGGACACUUCAAAUGGAACAAACCUCUCAUGCAGAAAACGAGAAUCAGCCUUCAUGUUCUGUGUUUUACUUGAACUGAUGUGCAGGUUUCCUCACUUCCUGGAGAGACAGAGAGGGAGUUGGUGUUAAAUUAUUAACCCGUGAAUGCUGCGUGUCAACGGUUAACUGAAAGGUGAAGAGUCAGAAUAAGAAGUGAGAGAGGAGCUGUGAGGCUUUUACUUCUCUUUCACUGUGAAGUCGUCAGGCGGCGGGUUUGGUGCAAUAUGGACCUGCUGCCGUCUCUUCUGGAUGGUCUGAGGACUCUGAAUCCCAGGGAUGUGGACCAGGAGUACAGCGUGCUGCAUUCACAGACGUGUGCGUUAAAGAGAGAUCUGGCUCUGACCUGUGAGGCUGGAGCUCUGAAAGAAAACGUCAAGAAGAACAGAUACAAGGACAUCCUUCCAUAUGACCAGACUCGAGUGGUUUUGUCUUUGAUAACCACAAAUUCCGACUCUGAUUACAUCAACGCCAGCUUCAUCCAGGGGGCGACAGCAGACAGACGGUACAUCGCGGCUCAGGCUCCUCUGAGCAGCACGCUGACCGAUUUCUUCAGGAUGAUCUGGCAACAUGACAUCAAGGUGAUAGUCAUGGCCUGCAGAGAGGUGGAGAUGGGAAAGAAGAAGUCCAAGUGCUACUGGGCUCCGCUUCAUCUGUCGGCCUCCUUUGGUCCCUUCACUGUCUACAACCAGGGGGAGACACACCCCAAUGAUGACGUGGUGGUCAGAACGCUGACUGUGACAUACCAACAAGUCAGCCGCACCGUCGUUCAGUAUCAGUUCUUGUCAUGGCCGGAUCACGAUGUUCCGUCCGAGACCACAGUAGUUCUGGACCUCCUGGAGAGAGUCAGAACCUCACGGCUGGCGCAGGCGUCGCCCCUCCUGAUCCACUGCAGCGCGGGCUGUGGGAGGACCGGCGUCAUCUGUGCUCUCGACUACAUCUACGACCUGCUGGUUACCAAGCAAAUUACAGCAGACUUCAGCAUCAUGAAGAUCGUGUUGCAUCUGAGGAUGCAGAGACCGUCUGCAGUCCAGACCAAAGUCCAGUACUCCUUUAUUUUCUCAGCGGUGGUGUGUAUGUUCCUGGCUGUCCAGCAGGGGGCGUGCUCUCAGCUCUACUGUAACGUGUUUGAGCUGAAGAAACCAGGGAAGAAGACUGCAGAUCCGUCCUCCAGGACCAGAGCUUUGAAGCUUCCUGACAUGAAUGACACGUACGCUGUGGUCAACAAGAAAAAACAGCCCCACCCAUCAGCAGCAAACUCCGCCCACUCUGAAGGAGCCACACAGAGACUUGCUGAUGAAGGCAGCUCCACGACUUCCUCUCAUCUCUAUGACAAUGACUGUAUGGGCGCGCCGGCGGUUCCGGUCUACAGCACAGUCAGGCCUCGAGUGAAACCAUCUAGCUCCUACAGCAUGGCAGCACCCAACCCCAGACUGAGCCAAGGCCCCCCGUCGCUAUGCAACAGUGCAGACUACCACCUGGUGUCGGCUCAGCAGCUUUCAUCGACAGACGACUACGAAGAUUUCUCUAUGACGGACACGCCAACGCCGAAUUCACCUGGAGGCAUUGAGAGUGUACAUUGGAGAAGAAUAUUCCUGGUAGCGAUGUACGGUGGCCACAAUGGCGGAGUCGUACUAGCGCUCCAGCACGUCUCCCCAUCCUUCGGCGAUUGACUGCGUGGGUCAAGGGUUUAACUGUCGCAUUCAGAAGCCCAGAGGUCCGAGAGGCCCUCCCGCUGACUGGACCCGACUGGACAGAUGAAACCUAUCCAGAACUAAACCCGGACUCUUCUAGAUGGCGGCAGACCGGAACUAACGGACUGCUUGCUGGCCCGGACUGGAGCUGCACCGUCACUGCACUGAAUGAUCAAUUUCCUGAUUAGUGAUUGUUUGCUGAAAAUUUUCUUAAACUUCCUGCGAAACAUUAGCAUAAAUAAACAAAUAUUACAAUAAACCGCUGCUGCUUUAACUGAAACAAAUAAAUAAGAUACAAAGUCACUUCAAAACUCUUCAGUUAGACCCCCGUCACACAUAGUAAGAAUGAGCAAGAAUCGAGCAGAGUCAGCCGGAAUGGGAAAAAACCCAAACCUUGAGGCGUAGUCGGGAGGGACAGACAGUGGGACAGCCAUGUACGACUGCUGGGCGACCACGUAGAAUGUGGGCAGAUCUGGUCCAGACUGAGUCGUGCAAACCCGCACAACUGCAGCCCAAACAUUGUCGGACAACAGUACGGAGACACAGACUGCUGUCAGACUGCACCAGAAUCAUAAAUAAAGCACUCAGACUGCUGGACAGGUGCGCCCGAGUGCUGUCACUCACUCACCCGCACACUCACUGAUACACUCGUCCACUCGCUCUCUCACGCACACUGACCUCUGAGCAGGACUUUGCACCAGCAGGAUGGACAUGCGUGUCCCACACUUGACAGACUGUCAGCACUGUGCUCACGGACACAGCACGGCGACGGCGAUGUGAUGAGCACAUGGAGUACAUGGAGAGGCAGUGCGCCGCGCUGUCUGGUCGGAUCAUCAGCACGUGGUGAUGUGAUGAGCACAUGGAGUACACAGAGUGGCUGUGUGCCUUGACACAUUUAAUUGCAGUGACAGAUGGUGCUUUAGGUUUGAUUGCACAAUGUCCAUGUCCACUUCACAUGAUGGAUGCGUGUCAUAUACAUGUUGCAUAUCAACAUUUCCUUUGUGCUCCCUGAAUGUGAUCCAGUGGAGGUGCACUUGUGUGGCACAAGUAGGACAUGACAGCAGGAUCUGAUGCACCCGAUCCAUUUCAGGGUUCCCCCGACCCAAUCAGACUGUUCCAAAUGCUGUUAUGACGCCGUAUGAAUAUGUAAUUGCAGUGGGAUUGCGCUCAGACUGCAUAUUGACUGUCGUUCAAUGGGUGUCCCACCUGGACUGCGCCUCGAAUUCGAGGCAGCCAUGUGAAUGGGCCCGCUGUCUCGACUGCUCUGAGACCGCUGUCCGAUGUUUUCAGACUGCACCUCGACACUUUUCAGACGUGGGCCGAUUCGACAUUCUGACGCCAUUCAGCCUCAUUCAUUCUGUGUGUGUGAUGGGGGUCUUAAUAAUACACUCUGGUUCAGUGUCAAUGAGCCGGGAAGUGAACAGCCAACCCUGUACUUAAAGGACAACUUGCUCACCUUCAGCACCUGGUGUCUCACCUUAUUGCUGACAAAAACCUCCACAAACACUGGGAUCAAAACCAAAAUCGAACAGUUUGGACAGAUAGUACAGGUUCUAAGCAAAAGUAUUUCAGAUUAUGAAGAAAGCAUGAAAUUUUGCACACAUGUAGCACAGGGUAUAUAAAAAAAAUAAUUUGGGGUGGGCACCAAUGAAAUUGAUCUUCUGAAGGGGUGUGACAAUGUUUAUUAAAGAUGGCUGUCAGAGUGCUAAAAAUCGCUUUUUUGAAUAGUUCUGUCUUUGAAUAGGUCUGUCUUUGAAUGGUUCUGUCUUUGAAUAGUUGUGUCCUUGAAUGGUUCUGUCUUUGAAUUGUUCUGUCCUUGAAUAGUUCUGCCUUUCAAUAGUUCUGUCCUUGCACACUUUGUUUUUUAUUAUGACUGAUGGUGAAAUUCUUUUAAUGAACUCAAAAAGCAAUGUCUAUUAGAAGUGCAUUCCCAACAUUUUUGCCCUCCUGCCUUUGACUUUCACAUGGCAAAGAUUGACUUUACUUGAAGAAAUGACUACAAUUGUAAGAAUUGUAAGAAAGUUUUACUGUUCAUUUUUGUAUGAUGUUGAAAGAUUAAUAUUGCAUUC